UCCUGUCAAGCCAGAUACUCUGCCGUUUUUAUUCUCCUGGAAAUUCCCAUCAAAUUUUUCGAAAAUGAUCAAAGAAUCAUUUGUCUAUAAGCAAUGCCAGUGCGCCUCUCCAGCGCACGAAGUCUGAAUAAUCCUCGUCAGCAUCCCCGGCCGGUCUGGAGGCGUCCGAGAUCGCCUUCGCCCUCGUCCUCGUCCUCGCCCUCGCCCUUGCCGUCGCCAACGCUCAAGGUCCAACCUCACUGCCCGCUCCCGCUGCCGCUGCUCCGGCCAGUGCUCGUCCUGCUGCUCCUGGUCAUCCUCGCACCCGCUCCGGCCGUAUGCGAUGAGCCGAACUGCACCUUCAUCGAGGGCUACAUGCUGCAGUACGUCUGCCACAGCAAGUACGUGGAAGAGAUCCGGCUGCAACACAAGGACCGCAUCCCGGCCAUCGGGACGCCGUACGCCAUCUGGAGGCGGCCCGACACCAACGACCCAUCCUACCUGCUCAUCUCCUUCUACGACUCGCCGCUCUUCAGUUGCUUCACAGUGGUUAUGAGCGACGGCAAGUUCUACUGCGACGGGCGCAACUUCAUCGAGCCGAACACGGACGCCGCCCAGCUGCACUGCAUCAACUUCCCGUUCCACUAUACCACACACCUGUAUGAUUCGUGUGCCAGGACGCCGAGCCCGGAUGACUCGCCGCCCAUAUCGGUGGCCAUUGCUUACAUGAAGGAAAAUAUCAAGAAUAACAAUCAGGCGGGACUUCGCGUGAAAUGCCCAGCGUUUUUCCCCUUUCUUGUGCCCAUGAUCCCCUUUCUGAUAUCGCGAUAUUUUGGUAUUUUACUAUGUCAAUAAAAUGGUUCUGAAUAGUUA